CCAUUUUCUGCAUCUGUUCAUAUAUAGAUUUUUUUAUUUACCACAUUCCAGGAUCUCACUGCAAUUUGUUCUGUUCCCCAGUUUGAUGAUGUUCACAGAGGCAGGUAAGUGGCAUAGCUGGGACCAGAUAUAAGCAGAAAUGGAUCAGUAUUCAUUAUAGGGAGGAAUGAGAAGAUGUUUGAAUUCUUUUAUAUUUUCUGUUCCUAGAAAUAGAAUGUAUUUUUAGCCAGUAAAAUUUUGAUUUUGCUUAUUUUAUUCCUCUCUUUAUUCACUCUUUUGAAAUAAGUGGAGUGUGCCUGAUGUGACAUUCACUCAGAAAGUACUUUGCUUUCAUUUCAUAGAAAGUGAAUUUUACAAAUUAAUUUUGUUUCCCCUACAGUUGAUUUCCUUGAUACCAUUAAAUGACCAUUUCUAGUCUUCUUUCUUGGGUAUUAUAUUUGUACUUAAUAUACAAAUUAAGCAUAUUAAUCAUUGUUUUGUGUUUGAGCAUUGUUCAUUAGGCUAAAAGGGAUUUGAGGCCUGGGUUAACUUGGGUUUGAAUUAAUACCCCGAACUCCAGGAGUUCCUGUUGCUCUGAGCUAGUGCCUCCCUUACCAAGCAAAUAAUGACUUCUGAACUAAUCCUACGUGUUUUUUGUUUGUUUUUCUGACAUGAGACUAAGAGCAGAAGUGCUGCCUUACUAAGAGAUGUUGAAGAAGCAGUAGGUUUCGUCUUUCCUCAGCCUGGCUGGCCUUUGUCCCCAGGUAUCCGUGGACAGCCAUGGCUCCAAGAUCCCGGCAGCGAAGGCACAAGAAACCCCCCUCAUCGGUGGCUCCCAUGAUUGUGACCCCACCCACAGUUGUGACCUCUGUGCCUCUGACCCUCUCAAAACCUGAUCCUAGCAUUGAUGCACUUGGCUUCUUCUCCUUGGAAAAGAAUGUUCCUGGCCUAUCCCAGCUAAUCCUUCAAAAACUAAACAUGAAAAGCUAUGAAGAAUACAAGUUGGUGCUAGAUGGGAGUGCUUCUGUAUCAGGCUUUGGAUUUCAAUGCCUUCAAGAAAUGUUCCAGAAGAUGGAGGACACAUUCCGAUUCUGUGCUCACUGUAGAGCUCUCCCUAGUGGCCUUUCAGACUCCAAGGUCCUCCGGCAGUGUAAGAGGUGCAGAAAUGUCUAUUACUGUGGUCCAGAGUGCCAGAGGUCAGACUGGCCAGCACACAGGAAGGUUUGUCAAGAGCUGCGUCUUGUAGCUGUGGACCGUCUCAUGGAAUGGCUUCUAGUCACAGGUGCUUUUGUCCUACCUUCAGGGCCUUGGCCAUGCCAGGCUGAAGCUGUACAGGGCUGGGAUACCUGGUUUUCUAUGCGGCAUUUACAGCUAGAUGCUACACUGGAUGCUGUGCUAGGUAGUCAUGCCAUGACCACCCUGUGGGCCAGUGUAGGACGGCCAAGGCCAGACCCAGAUGUCUUGCAGGGCUCUUUGAAGCGGCUGCUAACAGAUGCCCUCUCACGGCCCUUGACACUGGGCCUUGGGCUUCGGGCCUUGGGGAUAGAUGUUGGAAAGAUUGGGGGAAGCACAGUGCAUGUUGUUGGUGUUUCCCACGUGGAGACAUUCCUCACUCGCCCUGAGGACUAUGAUGAGCUUGGCUACAUGUUUCCUGGACACCUUGGCCUUCAUGUGAUCAUGGUGGGUAUAGACGUAUCUGCUGGCUUUACACAGAGCACCUCAACUCCCAUCCUGGAACCUGGCACAGUUCAGCUUAGUUGCCAUAGGGGCCUCUAUCAUGACUUCUGGGAGGAGGAAGUAGAGACUGGGCAGAUAACCCAUCCAGAUUUGGUGGUGGCAUUCCAUCCAGGUUUCCAUGCUUCCCCAGACUUGAUGGAGGCUUGGCUACCCACCCUCUUGCUACUUCGUGAUUAUAAGAUCCCUACAUUGAUCACUGUUUACAGCCAUCAGGAAUUGACAGCCUCCUUACAGAUUCUGGUGGACUUGGAUACAAACAUCACCGCCUAUGGAGCUAACCCUUUUGCAUCCCUCAAGCCUGAACAGGCCUAUUCCAGCCCCAACAAGCAGCCAGUGUAUUGCAGUGCCUACUAUAUCAUGUUUCUUGGAAGUUCCUGCCAACUGGAUAGGAGGCAACUGGAAGAAAAAGUAGAUGGUGGGGUUUAAAUAGCUGAACCAUAUCCUGACUAGAUUUCUAAAAAAUGGGGAGGUUGUAAUGAAAUUACUCUGCUGAUAUCAGGUUGUUGCUGACUUUGAAAUCCACUGUCUCCUAAACCUCAUUUACUUGUCCAGGUAAAGAUUCUAAGCUGAAUGGGAGUUCCUGUAUGAUGUGACUUAUUUCUAAGAGGUUAGCCACAAGUAGCUUCUAGAGACAGGAUUCUAGAUUUAAUAUGUGGCAAGAGGCCCUGGUAUGUCUUCCCAGCCUAGAAUUCCUAAUAGUUUCCUUUGUGAGAAAGUUGUACCUUGAAUUGGACGGUGUAGAGAAGAAUGGCACUUUAUUCUUUUGGAAAAGACUUUCUAGUAAUCCAGCAAUCUGGGCUAAAAAAUGGUGAGGCGUUAAUGACUUGCAGUGGUACACGAACGGGCAAGUCAGAGAAGCAGUCAGGAACAUGGGAGAGGCUGUGAGGAUUGGUAUGUUAUUCAAUUUCCUGGCUUUUUCUAGAUAAAUAUCUUAUUUUCUUCUUUCCUAGUGGGGUCUUCUGACCCUAGAGCGGAUUUUUGUUUGGUGUUAUAUUUAAAUAUCCUAGGGUAUAUUAAGCUUUAGUUGGAUAUACUGGAGUUAUUUGUUAUUACCUAGCCUCUACCAUAAUAAACUCAGUUUGGGACUUCUUAAGUCACUUAUUUUAUCCUUUUUCCUAUUCAUUGGCAAGUAUUACUCGUCUACUCACAACACCUCAAGACUGGAGGUUUCUCUUUUGCCAAAAGAGUUAAUUAACACCAGCUCUCUCGGCCUGCUACUCUGCUGCAUCCUAUCUCAUGCCAUCUUUCUCUUACCAUAUUCUCAAGAUGAGGAUAUCCCUUAGUCAUUCCUACCACCUUGCCAUGACCUCAGCCUCCCAUCCCCAACCCUAACACACGCAUAUACAUUCUUAUUGCCCACUCUGAGAGGGGUAAUAUUAGAAUUCACAUAUUCAUUCAAAGUAUGGAGUUAGUACCUACUGUAUGAAAGGUACUAUGUUACAGCUUUGGAGAUAUACAAUGGUGAAUGAGAGAUGGACCUUAUUUUUAACCUAGGAAGGGAAGUAAUACAUAUACAUAGAUAUCUCCAUUAUAAGAUAUAAUAUGAAAUAAGAACCAUGAGAGAGGCUUGUGUUCCUAAGGUAAUAGUAGAGUGAAGAGAGAGAUCGCUAAGUGAAUAGUGAAGGUUUUGUGAAGUAGAAUGUUACUAAACAUGGAGAGCAGGUCAUUUCAGAUGGAAGGAACAACAGAAAUAAGAAGGUCAGGAGCAGAAAAGAAUAGGAAAUAUUUUAGGGUACCUUGGGGGAUUAGUAUAAUAAAUUCAGUCUGGAAGGUAUAGUGAGACCAAAUUACAGAAGGAGUAUAGCUUACUGGUCAGCUUUAGAUUUACAUUGAUCUGCGUAUGAAUUCUGGAGCAACUACCAAAUAUGUUUGUGUCUGUGGGAAAGCUAAACUUCUCUAAGUUUCCUUAAUUUCCUCAUCUGUAAAACAGGGAUGAUGCCUAGUAUUAAAUUACAUUAAGAGUUAAAUGAAAAUGUUUACAAAAUUGGAAGACUCACAUUCUAAUUGCAAAAUUUACUACAAAGCAAUAGUAAGACAGUGUGGUACUGGCCUAGGAUAGAUAUAUAGAUCAAUGAAAUAGAAUUGAG